AUGUUAAGCAAAAAGAUUCUAAAUACUCUACGAAAUCAAUCGAAACAAUAAAACAUCAAGUAACUCGUCAGAACAGCUCAAGUAAACUUCGCUUGUGGUAGUGGAUGUGGAACAAAGAAAAAAGAACUUACCAAAUUUACUGAAUACCAAUAAAAAGAUGUAAUGUGUGGAAUGCCAACCUCCAUCUCUCAACCAACUCUGAGAAAUACCAAGGUGAGAGAAUAGUACUCCGAAUAGUUUGAUAGAACCCCUCACUGUCAAGGAUGUUCAAAGGAAGAUAAUUGGGAGAGAGAUAUCCCACUCAUGACUAUUUAAGAAGCUAUCAGAGAAGCUUACAGAUGUUUAAAGUGUAAUGAUGCACCUUGCCAACAAGGGUGCUCAACCACAAUUGAUAUCAAAUCCUUCAUCUAUAACAUUCAAAAUAAAAACUGGUACGGUGCUGCCAAAGUUAUUCUAUCAGACAACCCUCUAGGACUCACCUGUGGUUAGUUGUGUCCAAUUAGUGAGCUUUGCGCAAGAAACUGUAAUGUCAGCGAAACUGAACAAGGCGCCAUUAAGAUCAACAGAUUGCAAGAGCUAGCUGUGAGAAUCUUCAAAGAGAUGGGCGUAAAGUAAGUUAAAGAUCCAUCAUUACCAAAGUAACUUCCACCUUCCUACAAGAAACCGAUAGCUUUGAUUGGUGCUGGUCCCGCCUCUCUUAGCUGUGCCAGUUUCUUGGGAAGAAUGGGAUACGAAAAUAUUCAUAUUUUUGAGAAAGAAUCAUUUGGAGGUGGUAUUGUAGCACAGGAAAUACCACAAAAUAGAGCUCCAAUCAGUGAAGCUCUCUGGGAAGUCGAGAUGGUCAAGUAACUAGGCGUAAAAAUUCAUUAUAAUAAAAAGCUUGGUACCGAUUUUACUUUAGAAGAUUUGAGAUAGUAAGGAUACGAAGCAAUAUUUUUAGGUAUUGGAUUAUAAGAUCCAAAUAUGGGAAAGAGUGACCCAACUCUACACAAAAGUAUUUAAUAGGCUCAAAAUGCCAAUAAUUUCUUCACAUCCAAGAGGUUCUUGAAGACAGUCAUGAAGGAUGUAAAGAAUGUAGGAGAGAAGGAGGCCCCAAGGCUUAAGGGUCAUGCAUUAAUACUAGGAAUAGGUGAUACUGCUCUAGAUUGUGCUAGAUCAGCUUUUAGAAGAGGUGCAGAGAGAGUUACAGUAGCUUUUAGAAGAGGCUUCUAAGACAUCAGAGCUAAUGAUGAAAUCUUUGAACCAGGUCGUUAUGAAGGUAUCAACUUCUUACCAUACUCUGCCCCUCUUGAGUAUGUACUAGACGCUCAAGGUAAUGUUACUGCUGUAGAAUUUGACAAAAACCUUCCAUAAAAUACAGAUCCAAAUAAUUUAAAAUACAAUAAAACAAACCAGAAGUUCUAAAUGCCAGUUGACUAUGUUAUUUAGUCCUUUGGUUGCUAAUUACCAGAUGAGGAUUGGGUAAAGAGAAUAAAGAAAAGUGACAAUCUUAUUAACCAUCAUUCAGAGACUGGAUAAACAAAGGCUUAUGAUUGGCUUUUCGUUGGAGGAGAUGCUGUUGGAACAAAGAAUUUGGUUGAUGCAGUAAAUGAUGGUAAAACUGCUUCAUGGUAUAUCCACAAACAUAUCUAAGAGUCUAAUGGUCACAAAGUGUCAGAGACACCAAGGUUGCCAGGGUUCCAUACAGCUAUUGAUCUUGUAGAUAUUUCUACAGAAAUCGUUGGAUUGAAAAUGAAGAACCCUUACGGUCUUGCAUCAGCCCCACCAACAACCUCAUAUCCAAUGAUAAGAAGAGCUUUUGAAGUUGGCUUUGAUUUUGCUGUAGUUAAGACAUUCUAGCUGGAGAAAGAUGCCGUUUCAAAUGUCUCACCAAGAAUCUAUAAGGUUGGAACUGAUGCUCUAAAACUAGAGCCAUCAUUUGGAAAUAUAGAGCUUAUUACUGAAAAAACCCCUGAGUAUUGGAUAGAUGGAGCUAAGGAUAUCAAGAAGGACUUUCCAGAAAAGAUCUUGAUUGGUUCAAUUAUGGCUUCUUAUAAUGAGAAGGACUGGAUUGAGCUUACCAAACUUGCUAACACAGCAGGUUUUGAUGCUCUUGAGAUAAACUUAUCAUGUCCUCAUGGCAUGAAUGAAAAAGGUAUGGGAAGAGCAUGUGGUGAGGAUCCAAUAAUUCUUGGUAAUAUCACUAAGUGGGUCACAAGUAAUACUACUUUACCAGUUAUUGUAAAAAUUACUCCAAACUAUGGUAAAUCUGAAGACCUUGCUUAAUCUGCUCUAGAAAACGGUGCCAAAGCUGUCACUCUAACAAAUACAAUGCCAGGACUGAUUGACCCAUUACCAUCUGGAGAACCAUUCUUACCUGUAGGUAGUGCUAAGCAAUACUCAUCAGGUGGUACAACAGGCUCCGUUUUAAGACCUUUCGCAUUAAGGAAAUGUGCCGAUGUUGCAAAAUAUGUUCCAGACAUUGAAAUAUUUGGUAGCGGUGGUAUUAUUAGUGGAGAUCAUGCCAUGUCAUUCCUUCAAUAUGGUGCUAAAGCAUUACAGAUAUGCUCAGCAGUUCAAAACCUCGAUGCUGCUACUGUAUUUUAUGAUUUGAAAACUAGUCUUCAAGCACAUCUCUACAUGCUAUAAGACAAAGAAAAGUAUGCCCAAGGAUGGAGAGGACAAUACCCUCCUCAUGAUUAUUAAAAGUUAAACAACACUUUUUAAGAGAUAUAACCUCAGAUCACUACACCAUACAUUCCAUCAAUAGUGGGAACAAAACUAAAUCAUGUAUCAUUAAUUGAAAAAAUGAGCAAGACUGAGUAUUAAGCACCCGUCAUAAACGAAGAAAAAUGCUUACAAUGUGGAAGAUGCUACCUAGCUUGUUCAGACUCAGGCUAUUAAGCCAUUAAGUUUGAUGGCUAUAAUACUUUCCCUAAGAUAGUUGAAGAGGAUUGCACUGGAUGUGCUAUAUGUCAUGCUGUUUGUCCAGUAGAAAAUGCAAUUCAUAUGAUGCCAAGAACUCUUCCCUACACAGUAAACAGAGGUACAACUCCAAGCCCUACUUUCCCCAAGGAGCAUCUACAAACUUAUCCUCCUUUAAAAUUCUGA